UUUCGUUUCCCGCGGCGCUCCACCUGCGGGCAUCGCUGUCUCCGCCCUCCCGGGCUUCCUCACUCCUCCUGGGCGGGCUUGCGGGUUUUUCCGAUGGCGGCGGUCGUGGCGGUGCUCGGGGUCCCCUCGGACGUGGCCGAUGAGCUGCUGGUGUUUUACUUCGAGAACCGUCGGCGCUCGGGCGGCGGGCCGGUGCAGAGCUGGCGGCGGAGGGGCGGCCGCGCCACUCUAACUUUUGAGCGCCCCGAAGAUGCCCAGAGGGUCCUCUCCAAAACUGACCAUGCCCUGCAAGGGGUGCACCUGACGGUCCAGCCCGCUGCUCCUCGGGAUUAUGGGAAGGUGGUCCUCCAGGGCCUGAACCCCCAAAGCAGCCUGGAGCUUGUGGAGCUGUACGUGGAGCACAUGCUGGAUUGCGAGAGGGAUGCUUACUCCGUCCACCGCAGCCCUGCCGGGGACCAGGCGCUGGUGCAGUUGCAGGCGGCGCUCAGCCACACAGAGUUCUUGGUGCUGGCGGGUCGUGUGCAAAGCCGGAUGCUGGACGGGGCCAGCCUGGUGCUGGACUGGGUGGAGCAGACAGACAGCAUCCUGGUUCGGAGUCACCGUGGCAGCCAGCUGCAGCCUGAGGUGCUGACCCUCUACUUUGAGAGCAGGCGGAGUGGCGGGGGCCGUGUGCAGGCAGUGCGGCUUCUCCCGGGAGGCAUGUUGGCCGUGGUCUCCUUUCAGGACCGCACAGUGGUGGAUCGGGUGCUGAAGCAGCCCCAUCAGCUCCCGGAUGGCAAUCUGAAGGUCUCCCCUCACUACGACUUCCUGGAACCCCCAGAGGCAGCGGCAGAGCUGCAGGUGGGAGGAGCUGGCAAGGCCCUGUCCACCAUCCUUCCUGUUGCAGAAGCAGCUACAAGGCGACUGCUGCAGUCCAAGGCUGUCCUGCAGGAGCUGGGGGCCUCUGCUCCCGAAUGCGUGCUUCGCUGCGAAGAGGCUGGGCUAUGCAUCUUGGGUGGGGAUCUGACUCUUCAGCAGCAGCUGCGGGAGCGUAUCCAGGCAGCCUUGCAUACGGUGACACAGGAGCGGCUGCCCUAUUCAACCUGGGUUCUUGAGUUCCUGCAGCGGGCAGAUGUGCAGGAGCACUUGGUGGAACAGCUUGCGGAGCGCAGUGUGGGCGCCUGCUACAUUCCCACUGCAGAGGAGGUGCUAGUCGUCGCCCUGAAGCCUUCUGUGGCUCAGCUAGCUGCUUCUCUCCUGGGCUCCUUUCUCAGCUCCAUCUCCCUGCCCUUGUCUGAGCGGCAGUUGCUGGCCUUGGCGUCCCCACACUGGGCCCAAGUGCAGGCAGGACUGCGCUGCUGCUGCGUUUGUCUGGCUGAGGAUGGGGAGCACCUGGAGGGCCUCACCUUGCCUGGCCUGGAGGAGGAGAAUGUGGCCGAGCUGACGCGUGGCCUGCAGGACUGCCUGCCGGAUGAAGUGCUGGUGACCACGGAGCCUGGCCGUCUUCACUACCUUCAGCUCCAUCGCCAUGAACUGCUGGCUGGCUUGGCUGAUGUCACACUGCUGCCCCUGGAGGGAGCCGAGGUCACCGGCUUGCGGCUGAACGGUGAUUCUUGGGCAUGCCAAGCCGCAGCUGACCUCCUCCAGAGUCUGCUCUGUGCCAUCCGUGUUCGGACUGUGGUGCUGCAUCUGCCUGGUGUGAGCCGCUUCUUGCUGGAGGAGCGUGGCCAGGCCAUCCUUCAGGGCCUGGAGAGGAGCUUCUGCUGUGCCUUUGGGCUGGAGCACCUCCAAUGGCGCUCCCCGGAGACACAGCAUGAGUUAGAGACCUCACAGGAGCCAAUUGCCCUCAUGUGCCGACGGGAUUCCCUGUGUGGCCUCAAACAGCAGCCGAAGAGCCCAGUCGGAGUGGCUGAACAGCAAAGCGAAGCUAACCUGGAAGAGAUCAAGGGCCUGCUGGCUGCCCUCCAACCUCCCCGGGUGGCCCUUCCUGCAGCAGAGGAGGAGGAGCAGGCAGAGACGGCCGCGGAGCCAUUGGCGGAGGUUCCCUCCACCUUUGAGCAGCAGACCAGCUUGGCUGACCUCGACACAAUAGAAGAGGGGCCCUUGCCUGUCCCAGGCCCCAUUCCAAGCCUGGCAUUGGAGGAAGAAGAGGAGGAGGCACAGCUGCUUCUGGCCAUCCAGCAGUCCAUGGACAGCGCUCGGCAGGAAGUGGAGGAGCUGGCGCGUGCCACUGAGCUCUCUCUGCGCUCCUUCGAGCAGGAGCAGCCGUCCAGUCCAGAUGCUGACAUCCUGUCUGUCAUGAGGGCCUCUCUGGAGGCAGCAGCUGCAACCCGUCUGCAGGUCUAUACCACCUUGGAGGAGGAUGCAGAGGCCGUGGUGCAGGAGCUGGAGCGUGCCCUGGGCACGCAGCUGCGGGAGGAAAUGGUGCAGAACGAGGCCCUCUUGUCUCUGCCCACUCUCUGCCUUGACUACCUGACCUACCUGGAGAGGAAGCAUGCAGUGAGCAUCACGCUCACUGGCCCCAUAGCCACUGUGUCGGGAUUCUUGGACUACCCUGUGGCCGCCACCCGAGACCUUGCCCUGCUGCUGGCCCGGCUGCUGCACGUGGAAGUGGCCGUGGGCUGUGGGGAUGCCCGCUGGGUCCGCUGGGAGCCCUCUGAGCAGGCCUUCCCCACCCCUUAUUCAGCCCAGGCCAGUGCCCUGCUGGAGCAAGCAUGGUGCCGUGGCCACAAGCGCAUGGAGGUGUUCUUUGAUGGUCGGCCUUUUACUGUGGACUUUGAGCGGAUGGAGGAGUACGACGUUGGCAAUGGCCGCACUCUGCCCAUUGGCCGCACCGAGCUCCAGCUGCCACUCGCUUCUCCAGCCCUGCUAGACCCCCCAGCUGAGGGCGAAGUGAAGCUGCUUCCACUGGCUGAGGACUCCGAGGAGUUUCAGAGGACCAUCCAAGGCUUCUAUGACACGCUGGCCGGGCUUCACGGCAAGCUCUGGAUCGUCAAGGUGGCUGGUGGCUCCCUUUCAGUGGAGGGGCAUCCCUUGCAGGCAGCAGGGCCCAUCCUGAAGCCCUGGUGGCAGAGCGAGCCCUCUCUGGCCUUGAGACUGGAUGGUGGGGUCUCAGCAAGGUCCAGAGGAGGGGAUUUGUGGGGCUCUGAGGAGCAGAAAACCGUUAACCAGCUGGAGAAGGUGAUGCACCCGCUGCUCUACCAGCAGUACCAGCUAAAGAAGUCUGCCAUGGAGAAGGCCUGCGGGCACCAGGCAGUGGAGCGGAUCCUGUACCAUGGCACAACGGAGCAGUCCAGCCACGAGAUCUGCCAGCACGGCUUCAACCGCAGCUUCUGUGGCAAGAAUGCCACGCACUACGGCCACGGCGUCUACUUCGCGGUCAAGGCGUGUCUUUCGGCGCGUGAUCAGUACUCGCCUCGCAGCCCUGAUGGCAACAAAUACAUCUUUGUGACCCGGACGCUGGUUGGGGACUACACAGCGGGCAAUGCCAGCAUGCGAGCGCCACCCCUGAGGGAAGGAGAUGCCACCCUCCGGCGGUACGACAGCACAGUGGACAACCCAAGGAAGCCCUCCAUCUUCGUCAUCUUCAAUGACACGCAGGCCUACCCUGAAUACCUCAUCACCUGUCGGUGGGUGGACCCUAAGGGGAGGCCUCCCCCCGUCUCCCCCUUGCCGCCCUGGUGAAGGACAGAUGGUUUUCCGCAGGAGGGCUGCUCGGCAGGGGGCAGAGCUAGGGAAGGCAAUGGGGCACUGCGGUAGGAGCAGUUCACAGGGGGCAAAGCAUGGCAGUGCCCACAACAGACCCGCCUCCCCCCUCUCCCUCUAAGGUGGGCCUCAGGCAGCCCCAGGGGUGAUUGUGUUCCGCAAGACACACACCGGGACCUCCUGCUCUUCAAGUGCUCCCCACUUUUUUAAAAUAACUGGUUGUUUCCUUUAAAGCUACAGAUGUGAAUAAAAAUAAAUAAAGAA